ACAUACUUGAUCAUCAUCAUCAUCUAAUUCUUGAUUGAUUUUUUUUUUUGGUCGAUCAAGAAUGGGGAACGGUGACGAUCGAAAAAUCGAACCCGAAACGGGGCGAAUUUCGGUCGAAAGAAAACUCCCGAAUUUCCUCCAAUCGAUUAGGCUCAAAUACGUGAAACUCGGUUACCAUUACUUGAUCUCAAACGCUAUGUACUUACUACUAAUCCCCUUACUAGCUAUUUCCUCGGUUCAUCUCUCGACUCUCACAACGCAAGACCUAACCCUAUUGUGGGACCAAUUGAAGUUCAACCUCGUCUCGGUUCUCGUUUGCUCCACGCUAACGGUCUUCUUGUGCACGUUGUAUUUCAUGACGAGGCCUAGGAAAAUUUACCUAGUCGACUUCGCGUGCUACAAGCCGAAGCCCGACGUCAUGUGUAGCAAAGAAAUGUUCAUGGAAAAAUCGAGGCAAACCGGUAUCUUCACGGCGGAGAAUCUGGAGUUCCAGAAGAAGAUUCUGGAAAGGUCCGGCCUGGGCCAGAAGACCUACUUUCCAGAAGCCCUCAUGCGGGUCCCGGCCGAGCCCAACAUGGCCGAGGCCCGCAAGGAGGCCGAGUUGGUCAUGUUCGGCGCGAUCGACGAUUUGCUGGCGAAGACGGGGGUUAAGGCCAAGGAUAUCGGGAUCCUCGUGGUGAAUUGUAGCUUGUUCAAUCCGACGCCGUCUCUUUCGGCGAUGGUUGUGAAUCAUUACAAGCUUAGGGGGAAUAUCUUGAGCUAUAAUCUUGGUGGCAUGGGUUGUAGUGCUGGUUUGAUCUCCAUUGAUCUUGCCAAACAGCUCUUGCAGGUGCAGCCUAAUUCGUUAGCCCUAGUAGUAAGCAUGGAGAACAUAACCCUGAACUGGUACUUCGGCAACAACCGCUCCAUGCUCGUAUCCAACUGCAUCUUCCGUAUGGGCGGCGCCGCCAUCCUCCUCUCCAACAAACCCUCCGACAAGCGCCGCUCCAAGUACCAGCUCAUACACACCGUCCGCACGCACCGAGGCGCCGACGACAAGAGCUACACGUGCGUCUUCCAGGAAGAAGACGACACGAAACAGGUCGGCGUCGCCCUUUCAAAGGACCUGAUGGCCGUCGCCGGCGAAGCCCUCAAGACAAACAUCACCACCCUGGGCCCACUCGUCCUCCCCAUGUCGGAACAGCUCCUCUUCUUCGUGACAUUGGUCGCGAGGAAAGUGUUCAAGAUGAAGACGAUAAAGCCGUACAUACCGGAUUUCAAGCUGGCGUUCGAGCAUUUCUGUAUACACGCCGGCGGGAGGGCGGUGCUGGACGAGUUGGAGAAGAAUCUCGAACUCAGUGAGUGGCAUAUGGAGCCUUCUAGAAUGACGCUGUACAGAUACGGGAAUACUUCGAGCAGCUCUUUGUGGUAUGAGCUGGCGUACACCGAAGCUAAAGGGAGGAUCCGGAAAGGGGAUCGGACCUGGCAGAUUGCUUUCGGGUCGGGUUUUAAGUGUAACAGUGCGGUUUGGCGGGCUUUGAAACGGGUCGACCCGGCUAUGGAGAAGAAUCCUUGGAUGGAUGAGGUUCAUGACUUUCCUGUUGAGGUGCCCAGAGUUGCCACUAUUUCUUGAUUCUUUACAAAUUAAAUUGUUUUUCUUUUUUUUAAUAAUUAUAUUUCAUGUGAAUUGUAAUUUAAUUUUAGUUUUUAGUUUUUUUUUUGAAUGGUUUGGUUCUUGAUACAUUAUUUUAAAUUCUCGGAGAUUUUGAGGGUUCUUUGUAUCAUAGUUUAAUUUUAAAGAAAAAAAAGUUGUUAUGUUUCAGAGAUUUAAUUGAAGUUGUUUAUAUGAAACAUGGUUAUCGUAA